AUGACGUUCCGCUCCGUCUUCAAGAAAUUUGCAAAUGCCUCCCAAAACGCCCUGUACAUCGGUAAAGAGACUCUCUGUAAUGGCGAGUUUCCGACUGUCCAGUGA